UUGAUCUGCUGAGUGGACUAAAGAUGGGGGAGCAAGGUGAUUGGAUGGAGGCUAAAAGAGGAGACCGUGCGGCCAUCUUCGAUUCCCAAACCCAGACUGGUGCAGCCAAGGGCCGAGGGGAUGACAUCACUGAGCAGGCCAGGACCAGAGGCGAGGUCAGUGGAUGGGACAGCGUCCUCAACUCUGGGCUGGGGAACAACACUGUUAACUACAACCAGAAACAGACAGUCGAACACAAAACACCAACUGAAUUUAGUCUCCAUGACAACAGACUGGCUGAGACCAGGGCGAGGUGUAGAUUUGGUCUGCGGGGACGGGGAGGUGUCCGUAUGCAGCGAAAGAGAACAGACACAGACUCGGCUAGCGAUGCUCCYUCCUGCUCCUAUAGUUGUGAUUCACAGAGACUGAUGGUGCCUCAGCUUAACCCUCUAACAGGUGCUGCCUUCAGCCUGCCUUAUAUAGGAUCUAUCAACUGGAACAUGGACCCUGUGACAACACAGACACUCCCUGGCCUUCAUCCUCCUCACACUCUCCUAAUGUUAAACCAGACCUCAGACAAUACCAGUGUCUCAACACUAAAUAGCUACACAAGCCCAUUGACAAGUAGUAGUAACGCUAUUAGUAGAUCCGGUGGCAAAGAGAAGCGCUUCCCGUGUUCAUUCUGUGGGAAAGCCUUCAGUUUCCCCAAACACGUGGAGAUCCACCAGAGGAUGCACACGGGAGAGAAACCGUUCAGUUGUAGCCAGUGUCACAUGCGCUUUGCCCAGGCUGGCCACCUGAAGAGGCACCAGAGAGUCCACACAGGGGAGAAACCCUACAGCUGCCCCCAGUGUGAGAAGAGCUUCUCCCGCCAGCCCCAGCUGAAGAGGCACCUGAAGGUCCACACGGGAGAAAGGCCGUUCGCCUGUACGCACUGCGGGAAGAGGUUCUCAGAGAGGAGCUCUCUCAGGAUACACCAGCAGAAAAUGCACACAGCCCAUGUAUAGAGUAUAGUGACAUGUAAUGUAGUACUAGUUAGUUUGUAGUUCAUUCUGUUGGUUUAGGAUGUAGUAGGGAACUGGAUGAGGUGAACUGAGGAAAGAAUGAGUAUGAUGAGGCAGAGUACAUGAUAUGGUGAUGGUGUCUGUACAAAUGCUUCACUGAUGAAGAGUGACAAACUUUGUCCCUUUCAGGUUGWUGCUGGUGUUUUAUAAUAAGGAAAUGAUAGUGCCUUAAUUCAUGUUUACAUUAAAUAAAGUAGUAAUGUGUAAUGUUGAA